CAGCCGCCAGAUUCAGACCCCCUCCUGGCCCCGCCGCGCAGCCCAGGGACCUGCUAUGGCCACUUCUAUACUCGGGGAAGAGCCGCGCUUCGGAACGACCCCGUUGGCCAUGCUGGCGGCGACCUGCAACAAGAUUGGCAACACGAGCCCCCUGACCACUCUGCCCGAAUCCAGCGCCUUCGCCAAGGGCGGCUUCCACCCCUGGAAGCGCUCCUCGUCCAGCUGCAACCUUGGCUCCAGCCUCUCGGGCUUCGCUGUGGCUACUGGUGGCCGCGGCUCGGGCGGACUGGCGGGCGGCUCCGGCGCAGCCAACAGCGCCUUCUGCCUGGCCUCCACGUCCCCCACGUCGUCCGCUUUCAGCAGCGACUACGGCGGCCUCUUUUCCAACUCAGCGGCGGCGGCGGCGGCGGCAGCCGGGGUGUCCCCGCAGGAGGCGGGCGGCCAGUCGGCCUUCAUCUCCAAGGUGCACACGACGGCGGCCGACGGCUUGUACCCGCGCGUGGGCAUGGCGCACCCGUACGAAUCGUGGUACAAGUCCGGCUUCCAUUCGACGCUGGCGGCAGGAGAGGUGACCAACGGGGCGGCGUCGUCGUGGUGGGACGUGCACAGCAGCCCGGGCUCGUGGCUGGAGGUGCAGAACCCCGCUGGGGGUCUCCAGAGCUCGCUGCACUCGGGCGCCCCCCAGGCCUCGCUGCACUCGCAGCUCGGCACCUACAACCCCGACUUCAGCUCGCUCACGCAUUCAGCCUUCAGCUCCACGGGCCUCGGCUCCUCGGCCGCCGCCGCCUCGCAUUUGCUUUCCACCAGCCAACACCUGCUGGCCCAGGACGGCUUCAAGCCGGUGCUGCCCUCUUACUCGGAUUCAAGCGCCGCGGUGGCGGCCGCAGCAGCCAGCGCCAUGAUCUCGGGCGCCGCGGCCGCCGCAGCCGGGGGGAGCUCAGCACGCUCCGCCCGCCGCUACUCCGGCCGUGCCACCUGCGACUGCCCCAACUGCCAGGAGGCGGAGCGGCUGGGCCCAGCCGGGGCGAGCCUACGGCGCAAGGGCCUGCACAGCUGCCACAUUCCGGGCUGCGGCAAGGUGUACGGCAAGACGUCGCACCUGAAGGCGCACCUGCGCUGGCACACAGGCGAGCGGCCCUUCGUGUGCAACUGGCUCUUCUGUGGCAAGCGCUUCACGCGCUCGGACGAGCUGCAGCGGCACCUGCGGACUCACACGGGCGAGAAGCGCUUUGCCUGUCCGGUGUGCAACAAACGCUUCAUGCGCAGCGACCACCUGAGCAAACAUAUUAAGACGCACAACGGGGGCGGCGGGGGCAAAAAGGGCAGCGACAGUGACACGGACGCCAGCAACCUGGAGACGCCGCGCUCGGAGUCCCCCGACCUCAUCCUGCACGACUCUGGCGUCAGUGCCGCCCGGGCGGCUGCGGCGGCGGCGGCGGCAGCGGCGGCAGGAGGCAAGGAAGCAGCAUCUGGCCCCAACGACUCUUAAAGGCCGGGCGAGAGGCGCGGGCGAGCAAGCGAGGAGAGACACCGAGAGCGAGCGAGAGGUUCGGAGGGCCAGCAAGCGGGGAACGGACGGGCGGGGGCUCCAGUGACGCCUCCGGUCCCGCACGAGGUGGAUGGAGCAGCACCCGGCUCCACGGCCGCUGCUCGCCGGCCAGGCCAGGAGCUCCCCUCUGCUGUCGGAGCCCAGAUGAGGAUAGAAAGCGUGGUCCAGGAACAACAGCAAACCAUCUUCUAACACAAACAACACUUUAAAAAACUGCACACAGAGACGUACACACCAGAGACGUACAACAAGCAUGCACAUCCCCCCCGCGCGCACACACACACACAUACACACACCCCACUCGCACAAACUUCUCGAGCCGAGAGCAAUACACAGAAACGCUCCCUCCUCCCUCACCGCCUCCCUCCUCUUCUCACAAAACAAACCACUACCCCGCAAAGGACUGUCAGAACAUUUGAAAACAAAAGGGACUUAUAAAAAACAGACCCUUUGUGUGGAUUAUAUAUAAAAUGCUCCAAGUCCAGCUUGAUACUUACAAUGAAACAUUUUUCCUAAAAAGGGAAGCAUCAAAAAAGGCUUAAGGUGAGAAUUAAACUGGAAAUCUAGUGACAGUUUCUCUGUAUUUCAUAACAUCUGUAUAAAUAGGGUUCAAAAGAUUGUGUUCUCUUUUAUUUUCUUGUAAAUGUUCAUUCGAAUAGAGUUUUUUUGGUGAAUUCCUGAAAUUCAGGGAGUUUUUUUUAAUUUUCUGAUGCACUUUGUGAAAGUAUAUAUGUAAAAGAUAUUUAAAAUGUUGAGUUAUCAUUUCACUCACAAACACGUAAAUUAAGGUCAUCUAAAGAAAUUAAAUGCGUUUAUCUGUAUGAAGGAAAUCUUGACAUUUUCAUUUUUAGUAUUAUUA